UACUACGAGAGCUCUGCGUUAACGACAUUUAAUGCUUUCAGCAUUAAAUGGCUUUAAAGCUCACAGUUCACUUUAUUAAUUAUGAACUGCCACAAUAUUAUGAGUACUAGUAUAGCCUUGUAAAAUUGCAGACUUGUACAGUACCUUACGGUUAGUAGAAGCCAACCUAUUACGUUUAUUCCAGAAUUGUAAUAACUAGCGGUGGUUGUUAACCACAUUAUUGCACGAGCGCGAGCGCUAAUACCACUAGGAAAUACUUGGGAUUGUGGAAUUGGAAAAGUGUUACGUAUGCUCUUCGUGGCGUCAGACAAAUUUAUGCUUUUGACGAUCAGUUAACUGCAGCACCUCGCGCUUCGCGCUCGGUGCAAAUAAUACAGAAUUGUAAUAAUACUGAGUAUAGUAAUAAUAUUGUAAUAAUACAGAAUAGUAAUACAAGCAGGUUCUUGCAUCCUGGCGUUCAGUUUUUUGAGUGCGGGGUUUAAUGAAUCUAAUAAUCCAGUACUUGCACGGGUUAUGAUCGAUCAUUCUGCGAUCUAAAUGCUAUACAGAUAUAUGUAUGCACUAUGCAGUAUCCGUGAUUCAGUUUCUGGCUGUAAUUUCGUAUGACUUUUCCCGUUCGUCGGAUGUGAUGAAGAAAACUGGAAACGCGAAGAAAAAUGGGUUUUUACGAAAUUCGAUCUAAUAACCCUCCACCCGCCCCACAUCCUGCUGUUCCUGGACCUGCCGGUGCUCCUGCCCAACAUCCACCGCGCACCGUGGCCGUCCUGAGCAUGAUCAGGACAGUGGAGCUGCUCCUGGACAUCUUAGGGCAACUGCCAGUUGGCCCUGGCCUGAUCCCGACGGCCAUGCUGCAGGCGCUGGCAGGCGUGAUUGACGCCAUUUGCGCUAUGGUCGGCGUCCUCUUGUUGCCACAGCCUCCAGGCUUACCAGGCCAGGCCCUAGACGGCGGCAACGCAGGCCCACAGGAGGCUGAUUCUGCGCGACUGCUGCUCCUCUCCCUGCGUCAGUUCCUGCAGACCGUUCCUCUGGAGGAAUCCCAAGGACCGACCAUCAGAAACGCGGUCACGGCACUUCGUGACCGUGUCUAUGUGCUCAUCCCGCAAUAUUUACCCGCACCUGAGGACGAUGAAGACGACAAUGCUUAGAGAAUCGGAACUGAGUGUGGAAGUGCCGCUGCCGCAGGAGCGUAAAUCCAUUGGAACGGCUCUCGAUCUGCGACGUCUCAGUAGCCAUAGCCUGUCGCAGGUGGCUGCCUGAUUCGGGAUGUCUUUUUGAGUUUUGUUAAUGUUUCGUAUCGUUUAUGGCCAUAUUUGCCCGUCCAUUCCACAGAGACAGGAUCGAUACGCACUAUUUUUGUUCUUACGCCCGAUUUCAGUUUUGGUAUCUGUACAGUAUGCCUGCUAGCUUGUUGAUUUUUUGUUACUGACCAUUGGACUUAGAUUUCUGAAUUAUGUUAAAUUUGGGUCGGCUGGUCGGUGUUUGGUACGAUAUUUUAAAUGCUAGCAGUAUUCUGAUGUUUUUCGAUGGAAGCGAGAUGUUUUUCGAUGUUAGCAAAAGCUCUGUUUUGA